UGGGCGUGUCUUUGGCGAGGCUGGUGGAUGCUCGUUGCUACAGCAGCAGCUGUUUUCACUGAGAAAGAUGGAUGAACUUGACGAAUCUGUGCCCGCUGGCGACGAGCUGCAGUCGUGUAAAGUGUGUGGGAGAACUUUUUUCUCAAGAGUCCUCAAAAAGCACAUGACCAUCUGCCAGAAAGUCGCGACGAAGAGAAGGAAGGCGUUCGACUCGAGCAGGCAGAGAGCCGAGGGCACCGAUAUCUCCACCGUGAAACCGAUCAAGCCGAAGCCCGAAGCACCCAAGAAACCGUCCAACUGGCGUCGAAAGCAUGAGGAUUUCAUCGCCACCAUCCGCGCUGCCAAGGGCCUGAGCCAAGUGAUGAAAGACGGUGGCCCUCUUCCCCCGCCCCCUCCUCCGUCCUACGACCCAGAUUAUAUCCAGUGCCCGUACUGUCAGAGGCGGUUCAGCGAGAACGCGGCUGAGCGCCACAUCAAAUUCUGUAAGGAGCAAGCGGCCCGCAUUACCAACAAGGCCAAAUUACCCGGAAAUGACAAAGCCAAGCCUCCUCCAUCCAGGAUACAGUCCAAACCUGCCCCGGUGAAGAAAGCGUGUCCUGUAACUUCCACACCUUCCGCGUCUUCGACGUCUUCUUCGUCUUCCUCUCGCCUGCCUCAGCGUCCGGUCUACGGACAGAGCGGAGGGACCGGCAUUAAAAGUCCCGCAAGCUUGGUGAGGAAUGCGACGGCGUCAGCUCCUUUCUCUCCGUCCCGCCCAAACACUGUAGGAGUCACCAGUCCUCCUUCUGGGGUUAACACCAAACCUAAAGGCUUAGUUACCCCGACUUCACUGAAGAGCACGUCCUACGGAGGAGGAACGAAUAAAAAGAAGGUCUACAGUGCUAACAACUAUAAUUCAAGGAACGAGGUGAAAAACAACGACAGUGAUGUGGACUUUUCCACACAGGAGACCAAGUUCUGCCAUGAGUGUGGAACUAAGUACCCGGUGGACUGGGCCAAGUUCUGCUGUGAAUGCGGGGUGAGGAGGAUGUGCAUUUAGAGAGGGAGAGACAGAGAGAGAGACAGACAGACUGAAUUUCUCCUUUUUCCAGCCAUCACACUCGUGCCCAUUAAUUCGAGUCCUUCUCUAUUUAUUUCUGUGUCUUUGCCUUGUUUUGCUCCGCUUGUGUUUUUUUUUUUUAUCGAAGUGCAAUAUUAUAAACUACUGAUUUAUUUUUAGAUCAGAAUUUCCCCGGUGUAGAAUUCAUUUCAAAACCCGAUUCUAUUUCAAACCUGACGUCAAUCAAAUCCGACAGAGCACCGUGAUUUUAAUUUAUAUUUUUUAUUAACGCAGACACAGUUAGAAGCCGUUCACCUUCGUACUUUAUGUUCUGUUAUUAUUUUUGUAAAGUUCUUCAUACUUGUUUAUCUCGACGUUUCGUGCCUCGUAUGCACGAGUUACUCGCGCUAGACAGAAGCGACAGGAUCACGGCUCGCAGCUCGAUCGCGAUCCGCAGACGUAUUCUGACGCUUAGAAAAACGCAACCCGAAGGGAAAAAUAGCUGAUGAUUUUAGAUUUCACCGCAUGAUCCACCUGGUCAAAAUCGUACGAAGUUCUCCAGCCUCCACGCCUUUAUAAUCCCACCGCUGCUUCUCAGCCAGUAGGUCACGUAAGCUAAAGCUCCGUAUAUAUAAACCCCGUGUGACCGAUUAACCCCCCGGUGUCGUUAUAGCCGAACACUAACGACGGCGUGUCGCUCACGAGCGUACGAGCCGUGCGUAUCGUUUCUGACGCCGCAUUCGCCGCUGUAUAUGCAGAAUGUCACGUGAAUAAACAUUCAUGCGAGUGACGAAA